ACAACCUCAUCAGUCACACGAUAUCGGGAAAAAAUAUACAUUCAGAAGUUGAUUCGCAGGCAUCUGAGAUUGAGAUUGAAUUUAAUAUCAAUAGCAUUAUCUUUUCUGGCCUACCACGUUCUGUGUAUCCAUUACGCCAGAAAAUUUCUGCCAAGAGCCUCGAUGAUAAAUUGACAGCUCCAGUGCUUUAAUCGCACUUACAAAUCAUAAGAUGUCUCACAAAAAGAAAAGUAAGCCUGGUUCUGUGCGCCGAAGGGUCAUGGCAGCAGAAAGAGCACAGGAAAGGCCGCAGAAUCCACCAGCUGUACCGCACUCAGCAACAAAUCCUACAAUUCAGAGUAGCCUGCCUGGUCAAGAACAGACAGACAGUCCACGCCCGGCAAAGCGCGCCAGAAUCGAUACUGGAGAACCCUUUGAGAAUCCCGGAAAAGUCACCCAGUCGCCUUCAAGGGAUGUAUCUGCCGUUCCACCCAGGUCAGGUGACCAGAAACCGGCACCUGCAUCCUCCUUCUCCUCCUCCUCCUCUCUCCCAGCAUGCAUAGAGGGUUUCGAAUCUUCCUAUGAUGUCACAGCAAUCAAUAUCAUCUCCGCAUCGUCUAUCCAAGAGAACGUCUUAAAGGUGAUCAAAGUUUUGGAUAUCGACUUGACUGAGGCGAAGCCUAAGACCAAAGCCCCACUGGUGAUCCUUACUGGUCAGGGAGCGGUUACCGGAAAAUUGAUUUCGAUUGUCGAGAUCGCCAAACGCAAUGCCAAGAACAAGGGAGUUAGAGUCUUUCAAUAUUCCAGUCUAGGAUCAAUAUCGAAAGAGGAGAUGCUGCAAAAGAAGCAACAACAAACGCGGCAAGGGCAGAAAAAUGAAGAAGUAGAUCGAACGGCCAGGGAGGGCGAAGAAGUUGAAUCAACUCAGACUAUAGAAUCCCAGGAGGGGUUUGCAUUGGCUUUGCCCAGCAACGGAGGGCAGAAAAAGGCGCGGCAAAUACCAGUGCUGACCAUAUAUCUUUCGAAUUCAACUAUCAAGCAUUUGAAGGAAAAAUACGGGGAGCAACCACGUCUCUGCUGAAACUUGACAUAUUCCUUUCAUCCUAAGCAGAACAUGCAUUUGGUAUGCUUCAAUAUUCGCAUCACCUAGUUUGGUCUAGGAACUACUAGUUGCAUUAAAUUCUUCCAUUACAGAAAGCAACUGGUUUUCUGAUACGCUGAGUGCCAGUACAAGAACGGCUCAAAAGAUUCGGCAGAAAAUGCGUAAAAUAAUGUACAUUUAUGAUAUCAAGAUAAUAGCCAACAGAGCAAGCAAUUUAUACACCUAAAAUGAUACACCUAAAAUGAUCGCUCGGUAAAUCCUUGGAGGUAUAAAUGGCCUUUCUCCAUGUCCACC